CCUUAGGUUAUUGCUAAUGUUUUGAGUCAGCUAUCUGCAGCGUGUUACAUGUUUCCGUCGUUGUUAACCGGUAAAAAUGGAAGUGACAGCAGCCCGCCGCUCGUUUCUUUGCGAUAUCGGCUUCUGGGCAGACCGCACUGCUCUGCAUGAAGCUGCGUCCCAUGGUAGGGCUCUGCAGUUGAAGCAGCUGAUAGAAAGUGGAGCCUGUGUCAACAUGGUGACUGUGGAUAACAUCACUCCGCUACAUGAAGCCUGCAUACAGGCUCAUCCAAACUGUGCUCGCCUGCUGCUGGAGGCUGGAGCCCAGGUGGAUGUACGAACCAUCCAUGGCAGUACACCUCUUUGCAACGCUUGUGCUGCUGGCAGCCUGGAAUGUGCCAAGCUGUUGUUGGAGUAUGGAGCCAAAGUGAAUCCGUCCCUCACAGCUCUCACUGCCUCACCGCUCCAUGAGGCUUGCAUACAAGGUAAUACUCAAGUUGUGAGGUUGAUGAUAACCAGUGGUGCCAAGCUGGAGGCAUUCGAUGUCCACUUUGGCCCUCCCCUUCACAUAGCAUGUGCUAAAGGACAUAUGAAUUGUGUCAAGGAGCUGCUAACUGCAGGUGCUAAUGUGAAUUCAGUGAAGUUCCAUGAAACAGCGUUGCAUCACGCAGCUCGGGUCAACAUGGUGGAAAUGAUUGAGCUGUUGGUGGAGUUUGGAGCCAAUGUGUAUGCCAGCGAUAACCUGGGAAGAAAGCCUAUAGACUACACAACACCUGCAUCUCCCUCAUACACCUGCCUCAAGUCUUAUGAAAGUAAUCCUUUGAGCCUGCAGCAGCUUUGCAGAAUUGCUAUGAGGAUGAUGUUGGGUACCAGAGCAUCAGAGGUCAUAAGUCAGCUGAAUAUAUCCCACCGUAUCCACAGCUACCUCCAGUACUGUGAUCAUCCCGCAUCACUAAGACUGACACAUGAACAUUAAAAAAAAAAAUGGAAAUACAGUAGAGGCUGAAAUGAUAGAACAAGUUAUAUUUUCCUAAAAUUCAAAGUAACUGCUUAUUUCAGUUUAAAGUUACCAUAGCCAGACUAAAAGGGGUUUAAUUGAAGCAUAUUUCAUCAUUUGAAAAUAUUCAAAAUCACAGUUUUUAGAAAAGCCAAGUGUGAAAAUGUAAACAGCACUGUGAUCAUAAGUAGAUCAUAACAGUUAUCAGUGCUAAUCUGGCAUGUGCUUGAUUUAUUUACACUAAUACAUUCAAGUCCCUUCCAAAUUGCUCCUCAUUCACAUACAACAAAUGUACAAGAGAACAGGAUGAAAAUCACUGUGAAGAGUUGGUUCAGUUAAACCUCACUGCCUAAUGGGGGUGAAGUAUUUUCUUUAUAUACUUCAUCUCGCUGCCUGAGAGAAUUUGGACUGAAAGUCUGCGCUGCAGCAACCAAACCUCUCAUCACCAGAAAGAAUCAAAAGGCUAACCUAAACCACAUCCAGAUAGUUUCCCCUACUUUAAAACCAUUAAAGAGCAUCAAUAAGGCUCGUGGUGAAACUUAACUCAGCACAAUUACUGAAGUACUUGGCUGAAAAACUGAUGUAUUAUUAUGUCAUGCUGCUUUCUGCUUACAUUUUGCAUGCAGUACUGCACUUUUACUGCAUACCAUUUGUUUCAAAUCUUUAGUUGUUAUUUUGCAGAAUCAAAAUAUAUUGUACUAAUGUAUCUCUUAUUAAUGCAUUACUGUAGAUAAAGCUACUGCACUAUAUAAGGAUUAAAAUAGCCUCCAGCUGCAACAUUGAAGUGAUAUACCCAUCAAUGAAUCAAUAACUAUGAUCCAAUAAUGCAAUGUAUGUGGUUGUGCAUUGGUUUUAUUGCACAGAUUUUAAUACAUAACCUUUGUUCUGUUAUAUAUUCCUUUCACUUGAGUGAAUGAUCUAAUGCAGAGUUGCCAUUUUGCAAACCAGGUAUUUAAUACAAACCAAUUUCAGAUUCUAGUGCAAUGCCACUUUAUAUGUAAUUUGAGCCCAACUGAUGUAGGAUUUAUAACACUGAUACAGAUAUUUGGUGAUUUAAAAAUCCAGUAUUGUGAUGUAUUGGCCACAAACAAACACACUUGGCUAACAUUUGUUAUGUGUAGUUAUUUCUGAAUCCUUACUAAGAUAAUAUGACAGUGUUUAAAAAUAAAUGUAUUUUACAGUUGCAGUACUUUGCGGAUUUCUCAUAACUCUGCCUGAUAUUGCUCAGAUCAUCUGGUUGUUGUGUUUGUUGCAUUGCAAAGCAGUGUUCCCAUCCGGAAAUUUGCAGAGUGCGCUCUGAUGCCCAAUCUGUGCAUAACGUUGUUGAAGGGUGUUUCUCCCAUCUUUACUUUUUAAAUUUCCACAUUUCUGCCAUUAUAAAUGCCAAUACUGAUAUAUAUCAACAAAUAGCUAAUACUGGCCGAUAUAUUGGCUGUAUGACUGCACAGGGUUUUACAUGACCCUGAAAAUCAUACCAAGAUUCAACAUUUAUUUAUGAUCAAAUAUAACUAAAUUAAAAUUCUAGUAAAAUAGUGCUAUAGCCCAGCUAAUAUUUCUUUAAAUUGUGAGUGAUGAAGGUCAGAAACAUUUAAAAAGUCAAGUAUUUAUGAAUGUAAUUUUGAUCUCUACUGUAUGUUAUCCAUAUUAUUUAUGUGUAUUUAUCACGUUAAGUCAUGUCGUCACGUGUUGUAAAUGGCAUUUUAUUGUACUGUUUUUUAUGCAACAUUAUGUAAACUGAGGCAGAAUAAA